CCUACUCGCCACGCUCUACAUGCUCACCAGCCGCAUCGUCGCCAUUAGCCGCAACAAGACAGCAGACACAAUGCGGCACCAUGGCAUACAAAUCCUCGACGCCAUCUCUGUCCUCAUCUCCCACGCGAGCAGACUACUCCACGGCUUCCGGGAUGAUCCGCCCUUCCCAGACGACGCCGGUCGCCCCGGCCUGUCCCUCUCUCAUACCAUCGCGGCGUUGGUGCAGGGCCACGCAGCGGCAUUGGAGCUGAAGUUCACCCUCGACAGCCACACAGGCAGCCACCAACCACACUUGACGCGGCAGCUGUUUUCGGCUGGCUUUCGGGCAAUGGCGUUUGCCCUCCGAGGCCUCAACCACCUUGCUGCCGACCACACGGCUCAGCCACAGGGGAUGAUGCAGAAGCUGUGGCCGAGGAGGCAAGACAAGCCGAAAAGGAUGAGCCUUUUACAACCGGUGAGAGGGAUCUUCCCGCCCUCUCGGCGGUGGUUGCGAUAUGUUAUGGCGACGGCCCCCAUAUCGAGCGCCGAUGCCGUGCACCGACACCUGUCGGCCGUCACACGACUCAACUGCAAAUGUCCACCAUUUUGGGUGAGUGAAGGAGCCGUGACUGACACAUACAGGUCAGACAUUCAGCUUUGGCAGACAGUGUGUCUGUUUCUGGUGCGUGCAGCUUCACCGUGAGAAGGAGAGGCCCCCGUCCCCAUCAAUGUACUCAUGGCCACGGUCGAAGCCCUCAUGCCCUCCGUCCUCGACACAGAUGACCUGCCACUGCUGAAGCCCAUCACAGCCGUAUUCACAGGGCACUCGCCCGCCCCAGCAGAAGAGACCACCGCAGCACUCGCCGCCAUCACUAAGAUCAGCAACAAGAUGAAGGAGGCCACAAACCACACACGACGGGGCGCUGAGGCGAUUUGCCCUCCCCAUUGUCGCAAUUCUAGCUCGGCUGGUCCACCGAGCGAGGGACGCUGCGACGGCCGACCCGUCCGUUGAUGCCGCCUCCUGGCGAGGGGUCCUGUGGGUCUUGGCUGGCGUGUGGCGUGUGGCCAACGCUGCCGGCAGCUACGGUGCGCGGGCGGCUGCGUCACUGGAGUGGGGCGGCAGACGAUCAGGAGCCUGACGAGGAGUGGCAGGGCGACAAGGAGGCUGCGGGCCGCAAGCGCCCAGGCCCAAGCACCUCAGGGACACCACUGGCAGUGCUGUGGGGGGCCCCGACGCAGCCGUACCACUCUAGCCAAGCCGGCGUGAGCACCGCUACGGCCGGGUGCAAUCGCCGUGUGCUCGCGAAAGCUCCACUGAUGCGAGCGACGACCGGCAGAGCGGCGGACAGACGGACGGUAGCGGCAGUAAGGACGAGGGGGCUGUGCAUCCCUGGCCUCGUCAAUGGGCGGUCCGGCGACGGUGGUGCCAACGGCGAGAUGCGCACUCCAAUGGCAUUUGUCCAGCGGUGAGAUCUGACGAUUAGGAGGGGAGGGUCUGCCCUUUCCCUGCUGACGAUUGUUUCUCCGUGUUUGUGUGUUUGUGGAACUACCAACAGGGCUCCAGCUGAGUUGCCGCCCGAUGACUGCAAAGAGUCGACACCGAAAAUCAAAUGGAAGGACCCGCUGAUAGGGGUACGUCAGGCAGACUCAGGCAGACUCAGACAAAGGGGAAUGAUGACACACAUACACGUGGUUCCUGUGUCAUGUUUGUGGGCCAGGUUCACGAGUACCCUGCCGGGUAG